UUAUCUUCUCUUUUGAACAGAGAAGCUUGAACAGCUAUGUCAGCCUUAAGCUGCCAAUUUCAUUCCAUCAACUACUUGAAUUCUCAGAAUGUCAAAAGCAGAGGCAAGCAUUUCAUUUCUUGCUCAGCACAACCUAUGCAGAGCAAUAUAAAGGUUGUGAUAAAUGGAGCAGCCAAGGAGAUAGGAAGAGCAGCAGUAGAAGCUGUGACUAAGGCCAGAGGAAUGGAAGUAGCUGGAGCAGUGGAUACUUAUCAUGUUGGGGAAGAUAUUGGAAAGGUUUGUGGUAUGGAAGAGCCACUUGAAAUACCCAUAUUAAAUGACCUUAUUAUGGUUUUGGGUUCUAUAUCUCAGUCCAAGGAAACAACAGUUGUGGUUGAUUUCACUGACCCUUCUUCAGUAUAUGACAAUGUCAAACAGGCAACAGCAUUUGGCAUGAAAAGUGUGGUGUAUGUGCCGCGAAUCAAAUUAGAUACGGUAGCUGCAUUGUCUGCAUUCUGCGAGAAGGCCAGCACGGGUGUGUUGGUUGCACCAACCCUUUCCAUAGGAUCAAUAUUAUUACAACAAGCUGCAAUUUCAGCUUCUUUCCAUUACAGCAACGUCGAAAUUGUGGAAUCCAAGGCUAAUGCAAGUGAUCUUCCAUCAGCAGAUGCAAACCAAAUUGCCAAAAAUCUAUCAGAUCUAGGCCAAAUCUAUAACAGAGAAGAUCCUUCAACAGAUGUUUUGGCAAGGGGUCAAGUCCUGGGAGAUGGAAUUCGUGUGCAUAGCAUGGUCCUUCCAGGCCUUCCUUCCAGCACAACAGUUCACUUUUCUGGUCCAGGAGAGAUCUACUCCAUCAAGCAUGAUAUCACAGAUGUGAAAUGUCUCAUGCCAGGGUUGUUAUUAGCCAUUAGAAAAGUAGUACGUCUCAAGAAUUUGGUAUAUGGCUUGGAGAAGUUUUUGUGAACAUCCUCUAGGCCCAAGGGAUGGCCACACGAGCCUGCAGCCAACAAACAUCAUAGAGAAGGACUGAAAAGAAGUGAAACAGAACCUACCAAAUUGCUUUCUAGCGGCUCAAUUAUUCAUUCAUAUUAUUUAACAUCUGAACUAUGAUUGGAUGUUUUUUUUAUAGAUUGUAUUGUAUAUCCAAAUAGAAUACAGAUCUCAUGAAGGCCCUUUUGUUUAAAUUCAGUGACAAAAUUAAAGAGAAAAAAGGGGGAGAAAGUGUGGUGGAAGAGAAAGAAUUCAAGGCAAAAUUGAAAAUUGGACUGGAUACAGUAUGAGAUGUAAGAGCUGGCAAAAAAAAGUAGACUAAUUUUGUUGUACUAUGGAAACUUUUCCAAGAAAGAUGAGUUGUGCAGUAUUUUCCAAAAGAGAAUGUUGAGAUUUAAUGAUUUAUUGUGAUCCAAGACUAAUUUUGUACUCCCUCCGUUCCUAAUUAUAAGACCUAGUUUCAAAAUUUUCAUGUUCCUAAAUAUAAGACCUCUUAC